CAGCUGAAGAAUAAUAACACCGUGCCGACGUGGUCCAGACAUCCCUUCGAAGGUGGUGAUUCGAGUAUAGCCAGUGUUUUGUGCGGACGUUUUUAAAAUGUCGACAAGGUGUUUUGCGAGUUUAUUGGAAAAGGUGCUUUUGUACUUAGGCAAUGGAAGGGAUAGUGGAAGAGAAUGGUGCAGUUGAUCCGCUGGCCCCAUCGCCGGACCCGCAAUCACCGAUCGCCUCGGUAGGGGUCUCAAACUCCCAGUCCCAUCUGAUGACAGCUACUAACAUUGUCCAACUAACUUUGCCUACACAAACCCAAGCACAGGUACAAAGUGUCAUUCAGCCCAACCAGCAAUCCGUGAUUCAAACGGCAGCCAAUAUACAGCCUAUGCUCAGCAAAGGCAACGUCAUACUCGUCAGUAAACCGAAUUCAGUGAUACAGACCACGCAAGGGAGUCUCAGUGGACUGCAAACAUUGCAAGUGAAGGUUGUUGAAACGGGAAGUGAAGACAGUUUCUCGGAAGAGGAAUCGCCCAAAAAAAGGAGAGACUUGUUAACGAGAAGGCCGUCUUAUCGAAAAAUUCUCAACGAUCUUGGCGGGGGUGAGAUAGCUGAAACCAAGGUUGAACAAAUUUCCUCAGAAGCCGACAGUGAGUUGUCCUCACACUCUAUACCAUACCAUACAGUGUUGCCUGGUGCAAUUCAAAUAUCGGGAGGUAAAGGAGCUCAGGGAAUUCACACUCUAACCAUGACAAAUUCAACGGCAGGUGGCGCGAUUGUGCAAUAUGCUCAAGGGCAGGAAUUCUUCGUGCCUGGAAGUGUUGCAGUGGUGGCACAAGGAGCCAACAUAAGUGGGGGUAACGGCGAAGAUCAAGACAGAAAACGUGAAAUGCGGCUGCUGAAAAACAGAGAAGCCGCGAGAGAAUGUCGAAGAAAGAAGAAGGAGUACAUCAAGUGCCUAGAAAAUAGAGUAGCGGUUUUGGAAAAUCAAAACAAAGCAUUAAUAGACGAGUUGAAAUCUCUAAAAGAACUGUACUGUCAGCAGAAAACAGAUUGAGAUUGGUGUUUUGUUUUUUCGAUGGUGUAGGACUAUUUUGCCAAGGGAAACUGGUUGAGUAGUUUAGCAUUGUGCUAAUAAAGUGUCGAUCAGUAUGUAAUUUAAAAAGAAUUAGUGCAAUUUGUUCAUUUUUUUCGGUAAUUGUACACCUGCUGGAUUUAUUUGCCUUUAUUAAGUGUUACCUCGGCAUGGUGUAAAUAACUGAUUUUUCAGGAUUUUGUUGACCAAAGAUUUCAAAAAAAACUUUACAUUUGAUGUUGGUUUAUUAAAAAAUAUGAUAUCAAAUAUCUUGAAUUGCAUUUUACUUAUUGAUCUGUACAAUAUUCUAAGUUAAAUAUGUAAAUAUCGGAAUUGUUAUUUUUAAUUAAAAGUUUAUUUUCUUUUUAAGUACUCCAGUUAUAUACAACACUGAUGUAUAUUAUGUAUCAUAUAUAAUAUUGGACAGAAAAGGCUUGUGAAACAAUUAAUAUAUUUUAUAAGAAGCCGAUGUAAAUAUUUAUAACAACUUGAUGUAUAAACUUUUAUUUAUUUUCAAGUGUCAAGACCUGAUGGAGUGCCUUCUUAGGUUUAAUUUGUAACAAACAUAAUAUUUGGUAACAUUACAAUUUAAUUAUGUGCCAUCAGUCUCUUCAGCUAUUUUUUGUAAUGUUACAAAAUAUUUAAAAGCAGAACAUUCUUGGUCUAAUAGGCUUAUUGAAUGUAUAUAAAUGUAUGUAUGUAAUAUAUUUUUACAUAUCGAAUGAAAAUAUCUUAACUACUUUUGCACCCACAAGAUCUAGAUCUACUUCCUUUGACCUUAUUGUUUUCCCCAGCUGAUUUGCAUAAUGAUGCUUUGUUGUUGAAAAGUAUGGAAUGUAUUGACAUGUAGUUAUUUUGCAUUGUUAUUCCAUAUUUUAAAUUCUGUUUGCUAUUUUGGUAGAUAAAAUGUACAUAAGAUUAUUAGAUGUUAAAAGUACCAUAUGUCCAAAAAUGGUGUGCUGUAAUACCAACCAACAUUUUUGACCAUAUAGUAUUAGUUGAAUGAUUUAUUGUAAUAAAGUGGAUAUUUUAUUUA